AUGGCCAGCCCCGAAGAGCCGCUCGCUCCCCGCCCCCAAGCCCCCCUGCCCGCGUCCGGGGAUCAGCCCAGCUCCGGCCACGGCAAACUCCGCCCGGAGCCCCGGCGCAACGCAGCCGGCGGGGGGAGCGCGGCGGGCCCGGGCCCGGCCCCCGAGCGGCCUGGCCGUGGCCGGGCCGAGCGCGCCGCGCCCUCGCGCCCGCCCCCCUCCUGCGCAGGCCGCGCCAACACCGCGGGGGGCCCCGGCGCCCAGACUGCGCGCGGCAGCAGCGGCGGCGGCGGCUGGGUCCCGGCCCGCGCUCUCUUCGCGCUCGCCUUCUCCUCCCCUGUCCCCUCCCCCUCUCCAUCUUCCUUUUACUUCUGGCCGCCGCCCCCGCUGCCCCCUCCUUCUCUGGUCCCCUCCUCAUCUGCCUUCCACCUCCCCGUGCGGCUCCCAGGAAGGCAGGGCGCAGCGGCGGCGGCGGCUCGAGGAGGCGGCGGCGAUGCUGGCGGCGGCGGCGGAGGACAAGAGGCGGCUCCCUUGAGCGUCCCUCCCAGCACGAGUCCCCGCGGCGGCGGUGGCAGCGCCGGCGGGCGGCGGCGGCUCUUCCUCUCCCCUGCGCUCCUGGGUUGGCUGCUUCCAGCCCGCGCCGGGCCCCGGCCGCCGCCGCCGCCCCGGCUCCCUCUCGGCCCGGCUGCCCGCCGCGCGGGCUCCGCUGGCUUUCCGGGCGCCGGCGUGGACGGAGGCGGCCGGACCCCGCGGCGGCCCCGAGGCACCGGCUUCGCCCUCGCCGCCGCGGCCCCGCUGCUCUUCGGCUCCGACAUGGAAGAUGGACCUUCUAAUAAUACGAGCUGCUUCCGAAGGUUGACGGAGUGUUUCCUGAGCCCCAGUUUGACAGAUGAAAAAGUGAAGGCCUAUCUUUCUCUUCACCCCCAGGUAUUAGAUGAAUUUGUUUCUGAAAGUGUUAGCGCAGAGACAGUGGAGAAGUGGCUCAAGCGGAAGAACAGCAAACCCGAAGAUGAAUCGGCUCCUAAGGAAGUCAGCAGGUACCAGGACACGAACAUGCAGGGCGUCGUGUACGAGCUGAACAGCUACAUAGAGCAGCGGCUGGACGCAGGUGGCGACAACCAGCUGCUCCUGUACGAGCUCAGCAGCGUCAUCAAGAUAGCCACCAAAGCCGAUGGAUUCGCACUGUACUUCCUUGGAGAGUGCAAUAAUAGCCUGUGCGUGUUCACCCCGCCUGGAAUCAAGGAGGGGCGACCCCGGCUCGUCCCCGCGGGGCCCAUCGCCCAGGGCACCACCACCUCCGCCUACGUGGCCAAGUCCCGGAAGACGUUGCUGGUGGAAGACAUCCUCGGGGAUGAACGCUUUCCACGAGGCACUGGGCUGGAGUCAGGGACGCGGAUCCAGUCGGUCCUCUGUUUGCCCAUCGUCACCGCGAUCGGCGACCUCAUCGGCAUCCUGGAGCUGCACCGGCACUGGGGCAAAGAGGCCUUCUGCCUGAGCCACCAGGAGGUUGCAACAGCGAACCUCGCCUGGGCUUCCGUCGCAAUCCAUCAGGUGCAGGUGUGCCGGGGUCUGGCCAAGCAGACCGAGCUGAACGACUUCCUGCUCGACGUCUCAAAGACAUAUUUUGAUAACAUAGUCGCAAUAGAUUCUCUACUUGAACACAUAAUGAUAUAUGCAAAAAACCUGGUGAAUGCGGACCGCUGCGCGCUUUUCCAGGUGGACCACAAGAACAAGGAGCUGUAUUCGGACCUUUUUGAUAUCGGAGAGGAAAAGGAAGGAAAGCCCGUCUUCAAGAAGACCAAGGAGAUCAGGUUUUCGAUUGAGAAAGGGAUCGCCGGGCAAGUAGCAAGAACGGGGGAAGUGCUGAACAUUCCAGAUGCCUAUGCCGACCCGCGCUUUAACAGGGAGGUGGACCUCUACACGGGCUACACGACCCGGAACAUCCUCUGCAUGCCCAUCGUCAGCCGCGGCAGCGUCAUCGGCGUGGUGCAGAUGGUGAACAAGAUCAGCGGCAGUGCCUUUUCCAAAACGGAUGAGAACAACUUCAAGAUGUUUGCCGUCUUCUGCGCUUUGGCCUUACACUGUGCCAACAUGUACCACCGGAUUCGCCACUCGGAGUGCAUCUACCGGGUCACCAUGGAGAAGCUGUCCUACCACAGCAUCUGCACGGCGGAGGAGUGGCAGGGCCUCAUGCGCUUCACGCUGCCCUCGCGGCUCUGCAAGGAGAUCGAGCUGUUCCACUUUGACAUCGGUCCUUUCGAAACCAUGUGGCCUGGCAUUUUUGUCUACAUGAUCCAUCGCUCCUGCGGGACAUCCUGCUUUGAGCUGGAAAAGCUGUGUCGCUUCAUCAUGUCGGUGAAGAAGAACUACCGGCGCGUCCCUUACCACAACUGGAAGCACGCGGUGACGGUGGCGCACUGCAUGUACGCCAUCCUCCAGAACAACCGCGGGCUCUUCACCGACCUGGAGCGCAAAGGGCUGCUGAUCGCCUGCCUGUGCCACGACCUGGACCACAGGGGCUUCAGCAACAGCUACCUGCAGAAGUUCGACCACCCGCUCGCCGCACUCUACUCCACGUCCACCAUGGAGCAGCACCACUUCUCCCAGACGGUGUCCAUCCUGCAGCUGGAAGGGCACAACAUCUUCUCCACCCUGAGCUCCAGCGAGUACGAACAGGUGCUUGAGAUCAUCCGCAAAGCCAUCAUCGCCACCGACCUCGCCCUGUACUUCGGGAACAGGAAGCAGCUGGAAGAGAUGUACCAGACCGGCUCGCUAAACCUUAAUAACCAGUCGCACAGGGACCGUGUCAUCGGCUUGAUGAUGACUGCCUGCGACCUUUGUUCUGUGACGAAGCUGUGGCCAGUCACAAAAUUGACAGCCAAUGACAUAUACGCAGAGUUCUGGGCUGAGGGCGACGAGAUGAAGAGGCUGGGGAUUCAGCCGAUCCCCAUGAUGGACAGGGACAAGAAGGACGAAGUCCCGCAGGGCCAGCUCGGCUUCUACAACGCGGUGGCCAUCCCCUGCUACAGCACCCUCACGCGGAUCUUCCCGCCCACGGAGCCCCUGCUCCGAGCCUGCAGGAACAACCUCAGCCAGUGGGAGAAGGUGAUCCGCGGGGAGGAGAGCGCGGUGUGGCUGUCCUCCCAGCCAGCGGCCCCCGGCACCUCGGAGACCCUGCCCGUCAAGAUCGAUGACUGACGGCCGCGCCGCGCCGCCUGCAGGCGCUCCUCCUGCUGCUCUGACUUUUCUUCCUUUUAUUUUCGUGGGGGAACCUACACCUGGAAAACAGGAUGCCCGCCUAGCCCAGAAGGUCACAUCGAGUAAAAUCCACCCCGCAGACGACUCCCUGCCCAUCUCGUCGGUGACGCGUCCCAGACAGCGGCCCAGCAGGGCCCCGGGGCCAGGCGGCAGCAUCCCCGGGCCUGCGCUGGGCUCCCGAGCUGGCCUUUGCCGGCGGGGCGACGCUGCCCAGCCGCGCGGGCAGGGACGAAGGCGGUCCCGGGGGUCCUUUCCACCGCGUCUCUCCAGGGCGGGUUUACCAUGGUACUAGGGUGAUGCUGGACUUGGGCUUUAACACCAGUGUUGCUUUGAUGUUGCUGGUUAUAAAUAGGAAUCUUUCCACGUUACUAUUGUGAACGUUCCUGUGUGGUCCACUUGUCAGUAGCGUGAACUGUAGCGGGCAGCCUCGGCACGGAGGUCCCCGAGGCGGCCGCCUGAGAGGCGUCGCUCCGCAAGCAGCGAAGGAGGACGGUCCCUGCCUCAGAGCCUGGCGGACUCGGACCGGCCGUCUCCGGGGGCUCUUCCGCAUGCACGCAGGGGCCCGGGGGAGCAGGCCGGACGCCGCGGGCCGUGAGCAGGCUCCCUGUCCCCGGAGAAGAGCCGCAGACGCGCACCGUGCGCGAUCGUGGAAGCCCCGCUAUCGAUUCAGAAGGUGUCAAAGAAUAUUUUUUUAAAAAUUUUCAUUACAGUCUUGGCAAAUUCACGAGUCAUUUGGCAUAAAGA